AUGGCUUUCUUCUCGCAAUCCGGCUUCUCGCCACUCCUCCAACUCCUCAAUGACUACGAGGCUCAACCGGAAUGCAACUUCUACAAAGAAUGCAAACCAGUGCAAUGCCCCAAACCGCAGACAACCCGAUCCUUCGCACCUGCAUUUGACGUGCGCGAGCUAGACGAGGGUUACUACCUGGACGGCGAACUCCCAGGCGUCGACCAAAGCAACAUCGAUAUUCAAUUCAGCGAUCCUCACACACUGGUCAUCACCGGUCAUACCGACCGUAACUAUGACACCCCAAAGAUACCCAGCCGCAGUCCAUCUCCUGCGAGCUCUACAGGCUGGCACCAGGCCACCGUUGAGGAUGAAGAUGCACAGUCGGCCAGCUCGGCCAGCGAUACUGCACCCUCAGAGCCGGCAGAGAAGGCGGAGCCUUACUACUGGGCCAAGGAACGCUCUGUUGGGGACUUCCAACGGAACUUUAGCUUCACGGCACGCGUCGAUCAGGACUCGGUUCGCGCGAGUUUGAAGAACGGCAUUCUAUCUGUGUUCGUGCCGAAGGAGGCUGUUCCUCUACCGAAGAAGAUUCGCAUCCAGUGA